CUAAUGUUGUUGUUGUUGUACUCUUAAAAAUUUAGUACUAGUAUUAUUAUUUUUUAUUUUCUCUCUCUAAAAAAACUCACAAAAACCCUCUCAAAUCUAGAGAGAGAAAGCUCUUAAAUUUAUACUCAAUUUUACUCACACCAUUUCUUCUUCUUAUGGAUCUCUUCUUCUACUGAUCUGGAGUGAUUUGAGGUGAUAUAAGUUAUUUGUGGGUGAAGAGACGAAGGAGUUGUUAAGAUGUCAUCUCUUAGUAGAGAGCUUGUUUUCCUGAUUUUGCAGUUUUUAGAUGAAGAAAAGUUCAAAGAAACUGUUCACAAGCUUGAACAGGAAUCUGGGUUUUUCUUUAAUAUGAAGUAUUUUGAGGAUGAGGUACAUAAUGGGAAUUGGGAUGAGGUUGAGAGGUAUCUCUCUGGUUUUACAAAAGUUGAUGAUAAUCGGUACUCGAUGAAGAUAUUCUUUGAAAUUCGAAAGCAAAAGUAUUUAGAGGCAUUGGACAAGCAUGACCGGUCGAAAGCGGUGGAUAUACUUGUGAAGGAUCUGAAGGUUUUCGCUUCGUUUAAUGAGGAACUUUUUAAGGAGAUUACUCAGUUGUUGACACUGGAGAAUUUCAGGGAGAAUGAACAGCUGUCCAAAUAUGGAGAUACAAAAUCUGCCAGGGCAAUCAUGUUGGUUGAGCUCAAGAAGCUUAUUGAAGCCAAUCCUUUGUUUCGUGACAAAUUGCAAUUCCCGAACCUUAAGAAUUCAAGGUUGCGGACCCUGAUUAACCAAAGCUUGAACUGGCAGCAUCAACUUUGUAAAAACCCUAGACCAAAUCCAGAUAUCAAGACUCUGUUUGUGGAUCACUCUUGCGGACAACCGAAUGGUGCUCGUGCUCCAUCACCUGCAAAUAAUCCACUGUUAGGAUCAUUGCCGAAAGCAGGAGGCUUUCCACCUUUGGGUGCACACGGGCCUUUUCAGCCAACACCUGCUCCAGUGCCAGCCCCUCUUGCUGGAUGGAUGUCCAAUCCUGCUACUGUGAGUCACCCUGCAGUAUCUGGUGGACCUAUUGGGCUUGGUGCUCCGUCAAUGCCUGCUGCAUUAAAGCAUCCCAGGACCCCACCAACAAAUUCUUCAAUGGAUUAUCCAUCUGGAGACUCUGAUCAUGUUGCCAAGAGAACAAGACCGAUAGGAAUUGCUGAUGAGGUUAAUCUUCCUGUCAACGUGCUGCCAGUGUCAUUCCCAGGCCACGGUCAUAAUCAGGCAUUCAAUGUACCUGAUGACUUGCCGAAGACUGUUGCCAGGACUUUGAAUCAAGGGUCAUCUCCUAUGAGCAUGGAUUUUCAUCCUGGUCAGCUGACACUACUACUGGUUGGUACAAAUGUUGGAGACAUAGCAUUAUGGGAAAUUGGCUCCCGGGAAAGGUUGGUUUUGCGGAACUUCAAGGUCUGGGAUCUUAGUACAUGUUCAAUGCCUCUGCAGGCGGCUUUAGUCAAAGAUCCUGCUGUUUCUGUUAACCGUGUAAUUUGGAGCCCUGAUGGAUCCUUGUUUGGGGUUGCAUACUCGAGGCACAUUGUACAAAUAUAUUCAUAUCAUGGUGGUGAAGAUGUACGGCAACAUUUAGAGAUUGAUGCUCAUGUUGGAGGAGUGAAUGAUAUUGCCUUUUCUACUCCCAACAAGCAACUUUGUGUUAUUACAUGUGGAGAUGAUAAGACCAUUAAAGUGUGGGAUGCUGCCACUGGUACAAAGCAGUAUACCUUUGAAGGCCAUGAGGCUCCUGUAUACUCCGUGUGCCCCCAUUACAAAGAAAAUAUACAGUUUAUAUUUUCUACUGCUGUUGAUGGGAAAAUAAAAGCUUGGUUAUAUGACAAUUUGGGCUCUCGAGUGGACUAUGAUGCUCCAGGUCGCUGGUGCACAACAAUGGCUUAUAGUCAAGAUGGGACCAGGCUUUUUUCAUGUGGCACCAGUAAAGAUGGUGAGUCACAUAUUGUUGAGUGGAAUGAAAGUGAAGGUGCGGUGAAGCGAACAUAUCAAGGAUUUCGGAAAAGAUCUUUAGGUGUUGUCCAGUUUGAUACAACGAAGAACCGAUAUUUGGCUGCUGGUGAUGAUUUCUCCAUUAAAUUUUGGGAUAUGGACAAUGUUCAGCUAUUGACUUCUAUGGAUGCGGAUGGCGGGCUCCCGGCAAGUCCACGAAUUCGUUUCAACAAAGAUGGUACACUAUUGGCAGUCUCUGCUAGUGAAAAUGGAAUCAAAAUUAUGGCUAAUUCUGAUGGUCUCCGGCUAUUACGAACAUAUGAAAAUCUUUCAUAUGAUUCCUCCCGAGCAUCAGAAUCUUUGACGAAGCCUUCAAUAAAUCCCAUUUCUGCCGCUGCCGCUGCUGCUGCCGCCGCCGCUGCUACUAGUUCUGGGAUCCCUGACAGAAGCUCCCCCAUGGUUGCCAUGACUGGAAUGAAUGGAGAUGCUAGAAGUCUAGGAGAUGUUAAAUCUCGAAUUCUGGAAGAAAGUAACGACAAGUCAAAGAUUUGGAAGCUUUGUGAAAUCAGUGAACCAUCUCAGUGUCGGUCAUUGCGACUUCCGGAACACAUGAGAGCGGCUAAGAUAUCAAGACUGAUUUAUACAAACUCAGGUAAUGCUAUCUUGGCAUUAGCAUCAAAUGCGAUCCACUUGCUAUGGAAAUGGCAGCGGAAUGAACGCAACUCAAGUGGGAAGGCAUCUGCUAAUGUUCCACCUCAGCUCUGGCAGCCCUCUAGUGGCAUUUUGAUGACAAAUGAUGUCUCUGAUGCAAGUCCUGAAGAGGCUGUUCCAUGCUUUGCGUUGUCCAAGAAUGACUCUUAUGUAAUGUCCGCAUCAGGAGGGAAGAUUUCCCUAUUUAAUAUGAUGACAUUUAAGACGAUGACAGUCUUUAUGCCUCCACCACCAGCGGCAACAUUUCUUGCUUUCCAUCCUCAAGAUAACAAUAUAAUUGCUAUUGGGAUGGAUGAUUCAACUAUCCAGAUAUAUAAUGUUCGAGUAGAUGAGGUUAAAAGCAAGUUGAAAGGUCACUCAAAAAGAAUCACUGGUUUGGCCUUCUCUCAUCUGUUAAAUGUGCUGGUCUCAUCAGGUGCUGAUGCUCAGUUAUGCGUGUGGAGCUCAGAUAAUUGGGAAAAACAGAGGUCUAAAUUUCUGCAGCUUCCUGCGGGAAGGGCACCAACAGCACAAUCAGAUACGCGUGUCCAGUUUCAUCAAGACCAGACACAUUUCCUGGUUGUACAUGAGACUCAAUUGGCAAUUUUUGAAACAAAACAAUUAGAAUGUGUUAAGCAGUGGGUUCCACGCGAAUCUUCUGCGCCCAUCUCCCAUGCGACAUUUUCAUGUGAUAGUCAAUUGGUAUAUGCGAGCUUCUUGGAUGCGACGGUUUGUGUGUUCAGUGCUUCUAACCUCAGACUACGAUGUCGCAUCAAUCCUUCUGCAUAUCUUCCGGCCAAUGUCAGUAGCUCUAAUGUCCAUCCGCUUGUCAUUGCUGCACAUCCACAAGAAGGAAAUCAAUUUGCGGUUGGACUUUCAGAUGGUGGUGUUCAUGUAUUCGAGCCACUCGAAUCUGAAGGAAAAUGGGGUGUACCCCCUCCUAUGGAAAAUGGAUCAGCAGGAGGCAGUGUGCCAACUACACCUUCAGUGGGACCUUCAGGCUCUGAUCAACAACAAAGAUGAUGGAACGACAAUCAGAGCGCGAGUUAGUCUCAGGCUCGGAUAGGUAUGCUCGGUCUUUCCCCAGCUGCCGUGUUUUGUCAAUCCAAUUGACACAUAGCUACCAUUCUCUUAAGUGAGAUUGUGGCUCACUGCUCAGAUGAUUCAACUGUCAGUCUUUUUCGCUGUUGGCGAAGAUUGAUGUUCUCGAUCCUUUCAUAAUUACCAUUCUGUAUGCAGGUGUAGGCUCUGGCUAUGUAUUUACUCAAAGUUCCGUUGUGCAGUUAAGGUAUAUGUAUUUACUCAAGUCCGUUUUAGAGUUUAACAUGUUUGCGUCAGAGCAACUCAAGGUAUAUACAGUAGGAGUAUCUAUUCUCAGGUGUUCUCUUUUGUGUUAAUGAAAUAUCUUCUAAGAAUCCCAUUUAGCCUCCUUUUCUCAACUUGUUUUGGGUUUGUACCAUUAUGCUGCUCUGUAUUUAGGGAACUUUGAAGUUCUCUCCUUGAUUUAUCUGUGAGUUAACAGGCAGAUGCUCUGCUUUCAUUCU